AUGCUCUGUUUUCCUUUUACCAUUAUAUUCUUUGAAAUCUUUUUUUCUAUCAUCUUAAUUCCCUUCAUUAACUUUAUUUUCUUUCUUCAAGGAUUUGAUUCCUUUCACACUGAACUUUUUUUGCUAACGUUCCUUUCUAUUUUCAUAUUUUCGUUUCAUAUUCCGUGUUUUCUUUUAUUCCUUGUCCCUUUCAUUUUCGCAUUCUUCUAUUUCUAUUUGUUUUUAUUUUUCAUCUUCAUAAUCUCUUUCUUUCUUUGGUCUACAUUAUCUUACUUUUUGUUAAUUUACGUUUCAUAUUUUCCUUUCUUUAAAGAUUUCCUUCUCCUACACUUUUUUCUUCGUUUCUCUCUUUUUCUCUUCCUUCUUUAUGUUUUCCUUCUCUUAUUUUCUUCUUUUCUUUUUUUUUUUCUUACUAUUUUCUUUUAUCCAUUCACUUCAUCUUCGUUCUUGGUUUUGCAUUCAUUUCAUUCAAUUUCUUCUUCGCUUUAUCAGUCACGUCAUCCUUCUUUUUCUUCGUUUUUCAUUAACUUCAUCCUCUUUUUCGUUCCGUCUUCAUUCAAUUCAUUCUCUUUCUUCGUCGUGUCUUCAUUCUCUUCAUUCUCUGUCUCCUUAGUUUUUUCAUUCACUUUUUUCUUCGUUACUUCUUCAUUCACAUCGUCUCAUUCUUCUCCGUUUUUUUCAUUCAAUUCAUUGUCGUUUUCCUUCGUUUCUUCUUCAUUCUCUUUCUCCUUACUUUCUUCAUUUUAUUUCUUUGUUUUUCUUUCCUUCACUUCAUUCUCUUUCUUCUUUGUUUCUUGUUCAUUAUCUUUCUCCUUAGUUGCUUCAUUCACUUCAUCCUAUUUCUUCGUUUCUUCUUCAUUCCUUUUAUUCUCUUCCUCCUCUGUUCCUUCAUUCAUUUUCAUUCUGUUUCGUCUUCGUUUCGUCAUUCACUUUCAUUCUUUUUCUUUUUCUUCAUUCACUUCAUUCUUUUCUGCGUCGUUUCUUCUUCAUUCUCUUUUUCAUUCUUUCAUUAUAUUAUUUGUUCUUCUCUUUUCUUUUUCUUUUUUAAUAUUAUCUCGAACGUUUAAAUUCUCGAGAUAUUUCCUUUACCUUCUUUCUUUGUCCUUCCUUCAUUUUCUUUUUGCCUUUUGA